AUGUCACAAAUAUCAUUGAAUGUGCUUUCAAAUGCUCUACAAGCUGUAGAACAAAGAAAAGCUUAUAGGGAAGAAGAAACCAUUGAAGAGAAGGCUCUUGUUGUGACUCAUAAAACAAAAAUACAAGAAGGAGGUUCAAGAGGCCAACCUGGUGGAGCACUCAAGUGUAGAGCAGUGUGUAAAGCAGAUUGUGGUCACAUCGCUCCCUCAGAGAAAUGUUUGUUCUACAAACCAGAAUCAGCGAAAAACCAGAAUCAACAAACACAAGCCCAUCAUGCACAAGUCACUGAAAAUUCUGAAAAGUAUGAAGAACAACUAUUUGCUGCAAAUGAAAUUAAAAAAUGUGGUGUCUCAAUUGAAGCUAAAGAAGCAUGGCUUGUUGAUAGUGGCUGCACUAACCACAUGACACCAAACUCGGUGAAUUUCGAUAGCUUGGAUACAACCUAUUCUUCAAAAGUCAGACUUGGAGAUGGUAGGCUUGUUGAUGCCAAAGGCAAAGGAGAUGUGAUUGUACAAACUCCUUCAGGUACAAAGCUUGUUUCCGAUGUUCUUUACGUACCAGAACUAUAUCAAAGCUUGUUUUCAGUUGGUCAAUUGCUGGAUAAGAAUUACAGUUUGCUAUUUAAAGAUAAAACUUGUGAAAUAAGUGAUCCUUCUGGCUCAAUAUAUUAA